AUGGGUAUAGAUUGGAGAAUCCUGGUGUCUGUAUUAUUUUGGGCCUUACUCUUCAAGUUUUCGAGACCAGAAACUAAUCUGGCCUUGACCAGGCCCUCCUCUGCAAGUUCCUCGUACUCCACCAAUGGUGCACAGGCCGGAAAUGAUGGAAAUACUGACGGAUCAUUUCCAAGCGGCAGCUGUUUUGCCUCUGCGGACCGGGACAGCGAUCCCUGGUGGCAAGUUGAUUUGCAGGCUACCUUCAUGGUGAAGAGGAUCGAAAUCACAAACAGACAGGAUUGUUGUGCUGAGAGAAUCCACCAUAUUUCUCUGGUGCUUUUCGACCAAAACCCAUCUGUGGAAUCAUUGACCCCCUCCAAACCCUGCUACUUCAUCUUGGGGACGGACCCGGCGCCAACAGUGACCGUAACAUGUACAAGGCCUGUGAAUGGCCGAUAUCUCCGUCUCACCAAAACGCAACAGCUAAAUAUCUACGAUUUGCUACAAUUCUGCGAAGUGAAAGUGUACGGAGAGUUAACAUAUGACAAUAGUUUGUGUACCUCAUUUCAGCAAACGCGAGGAGCUCGCUACGAUGCUGCCUCUAUCCUGACUCAAGGACCAGAAGUGGACAGUUCGGCAGCCUGCGCCUCAACCUGUGAACGUGUUCGGGCCUGCACAGGCUUCAACAUCCGGUACAAACCGGAAGUUACGUGCGAGCUAGUCCAGGAUUCAAAUCCGACUUCUCUUGAUGUGGACGCUGCUUGGGACUUCUAUUUGUACAAAUCCUGCUGGAAACCUUGUGUCAUUAGUUAGACUGGGAAGACUGAGGGAGGGGGCGUGGAGGCGCCUUGGAUUUUGUAUACCAGGUAUUUUUUUAGGACUCAUUGGCUUGUUAUGUGUUUCGUGUUUGUUGUUUAACGCCGCACUCAGCCCGUAAGUAAUCGAGACAAACCAGUGAUUGAUGUCAUGAGCGACGAUCCACGCCGUCGGGGUACGAUGACGCGCAAUGAACCAAGUCACCGAGCCUGACCCCCCGAUCUGUUAAGUCGGUGAGACUUAAGACAAACAUAACCAAGAAUCCCAACAGGACAACCCAAAGGAGCUCACUAUUUUUUAUUAAUUUGUUGAAAUAUGUGAACUGGCAUUUUGCAUAGUUGCUCGUGAAGUCAACCACACGUUUGCCUUGCACAACAGGCAAUCACUCCUUAAGUACAACUUAAUGUUUACCCAGUGGGUAAUACCAUAGUUAUUGCCAAUGUCAGGGACUGUCCAUUUGAUAUUUUGGGGGAUUUAUUCUGGAUAUUAGAUAUGUUUUCAGUUACAGUUGCAAAACAAGAUAUUUUUUCAUUAAAACUAUGAGUCUAAAGAAAAACAUCUUGCCCCAAUGUCAUUAUUGUUUCAGACAAGUUCCUUUUUCGUAAUCUGAAGCAUAAUUAUUUUCUUCAAGAAUUUGCAGGAACAAGUAAUGUUUUUCGAUAAAAUCCAAGAUACCCCCCGAGAUUAUCAAAUGGUCGGCCCCUAACUAUGCGGCGCUAUAGCCAGGUGGAUAUAGCGUUUGCCCUUCCCGCCGAAGGCACCUGUUCAAUUCCCCAUACAAUGUGUGUCCGCCGUUAUAUUGCUAAAAAUAUUGCUAAAAGCGGCGUUGAACCCAACUCUCUCCUUCACUCAAUAUGCCAAUGCACCCGUGAAGAUCCGGGGUAGAAUAGGUCUUCAGCAACCCAUGCUUGCCGUUACAGGCGACUAUGCUUGUCGUGAGAGGCGACUAACCGGAUCUGGUGGUCAGGCUUGCUG